CAUAGUUCACAAGAACUCCUGAAGUGUAGCCGCACAACAGGAAUCGCACGCCCUGUUCUUUUCCUUCUCCUCCCCGAAUUCCUGCUCCCUAACGCUCGCCUACCGGGUGCAGAGGCUGGCUCAGCGCAAGCGGCAGCUGCGCGCAAACCCCAGCCUCUCGCCCCGGGCUCUGCGCACUCCUUUGUUUGGAGAUACUCAAUGCUCAGCAGCUGCCGCCUGCAGAGCGGAGUCCCGGAGCCUCACCCCACCUCCAACACCCUCUGUCCUGGGAGCGCGCACUACCUACUUUGCUUGCAGGGUCAGGAGCUCAUCCUUUGCCCCACACCAAGACUGUACCGCGUCUCCCCAACACUUGGAGAGUUGAUCCGUCCAACCAGGUUAAGGUGUGGACUGCACAUUGAAGCCCACAGAAUUAGCUAAGCAGACCAGGAACCCAGUUGGAAAAUUACAAGUGCCCUGGAUCUACAAAGCAGAUCAAGAAAAUGGCAGCUUGUGCUUUUCAUUGAGCUUUCUAGUGAAGGAAGCUUUUUCACGAAGCAAAUGAUAAUCUGAACCAAUGGAAUAAUGAAUGCAAGGAAUUAGAGACAAAACAACAGGUUUUAGAGACAUUCCUAUGAUGCCUGUUAUACUUUCCUGUUCCCAAGACAAUGAGGUGAGCAUUAAAUGGAUUGAAAAGCCAUGAGGAGGUGGAAAAAUGUUAACCAGUGAAAGAGCCCAUGUUUGGUUAGGAGGAAUUUCACGAAGCAUAUCUGAAGGAAAUUUGAUUGACAUGGAAGCCCAAAAAUCAUCAAAAAAUUGCAAUAUCACAGACUCAAGUUUACUUCUCAAUUGGCCAGAUGCUUUCACACUUCACAGCAAUAAUGUUUCCAAAGCUACAAAUCCAUUCUGGAAUGAACUGUCUGCUUCUAACCCAUUUUUGGAUGAUAUAACUCAGCUAAGAAAUAACCAGAAGAAAAAUAAUAUUUCCAUCUUGAAGGAAGAUCCUUUUCUUUUUUUAAGAGAAAUUGAAACUGGAAAUUCUUUGGAUUCCUCUGGUGAUGAACUUGAUGUGCAUCAAUUGUGUAGGCAGUCUUACUCAAGGAAAUCAGUGAGAUCUAAAAGUGUUUCAGAACUUUUGGACAUAUUAGAUGACACAGCACAUGCCCAUCAGAAUAUACGUAACUCUGACCAGAUCCUGGAACACGACUUAGAAUGGCUUCAAAAUGAUCGAGAGGCUUAUAAAAUGGCUUGGUUAAGUCAACGCCAGCUGGCCCGCUCCUGCCUGGAUUUGAAUAUCAUUAAUCAGAGUCCUGGAUGGGCCCAAACACAAGUUGCGGAGACUGUGGUAGUUUGUAAAUUAAACCACCAAGGAGGGUCAGUACAAUUACCUGAAUCAGAUAUCACUGUUCAUGUGCCCCAAGGUCAUGUAGCUGUGGGUGAAUUCCAAGAGGUAUCGCUAAGGGUUUUUCUUGAUCCUCCACAAAUGCUUAAUCAUGAUCUUUCAUGCACUGUAAGCCCACUGUUGGAAAUCACGUUAGGCAACCUUAACACAAUGGAAGCCAUUUUGCUGGAGAUGAAAAUCGGGGCUGAAGUGAGAAAGGAUCCUUUCAGCCAAGUCAUGACAGAAAUGGUGUGUUUACACAGCCCGAAUAAAGAAGGCCCUUUCACAGUGUUAAACAACUGCUACAUUUAUAAAGACACCAUCCAAGUCAAGCUAAUAGAUUUGAGUCAGGUGAUGUAUCUAGUGGUUGCUGCACAAGCUAAAGCUACUCAGUCACCAGCUGCCACCAUCUGGGAUUAUAUCCACAAAACCACCUCAGUUGGAAUUUAUGGGCCCAAAUAUAUCCAUCCCAGUUUCACUACUGUUUUCACAGUUUGUGGACACAGUUAUAUGCCGGGAAAGCUUACAAUCUCUGAUAUUAAGAAGGGUGGAAAAAACACCUCUCCAGUUGUGUUUCAGCUCUGGGGGAAGCAUUCAUUCUUACUUGACAAGCCACAAGAUUUAAGUAUUUCUGUUUUUUCAUGUGAUCCUGGUUUUGAAGUAAAGACAGAAGGAGAAAGAAGAGAACUUAAACAAAAGCAGUUGCAAGCAAGUCAAGUAGUUCAUCAACAAUUUUUAUUUUCUUUAGUUGACUCCAGAAAAAUGCACUUGUUUGUUUUCCAGGUUCAGUUGGGGCCUCCCAAUGGUAGACCAGUGACACAGUUUUUUAUCACUACACCUGAUCCAGCCCCAAACCUAAAAAGACACUUAAAUCUGCCAGGUAAUUUGCAGAAAGAGAAGGAAAUCAAGUCUGCUCCUUCAUUACCAGCAGUGUAUGUUAAAUACCCUACAUUUCAAGACAAAAAAUUAAACUUUACCAAAUAUGGAGUGACUCUGAAGACAGUGCUAAGACAAAACAAGAUUGACUACUUACUUGAAUAUAUCAAAGGGGACACAAUAGCUCUUCUUGGAGAAGGUAAGGUAAAAGCCAUUGGGCAGUCCAGAGUGAAAGAAUGGUAUGUGGGAGUCCUGCGAGGUAAGAUUGGACUUGUACACUGCAAAAAUGUCAAGGUGAUUGCAAAAGAGCAAGUAAUAUCAAUGUCAGAUCGUGUCUUCACAACCAGGAACCUUCUUGAACAAAUUGUCCUGCCCUUUAAAAAACUGACUUAUAUCUACUCAGUUAUAUUGACUUUGGUGUCAGAAAAAGUUUAUGAUUGGAAAGUUUUAGCUGAUGUCCUGGGUUACUCACAUCUGGCACUGGAAGGUUUUGAACGAACACAUGCAGACAAAGAAUCAGAAAAAGUUUCUUAUGUUUUAAAGAAGUUAAAGGAAGAUUGCCACGGAGACAAGAAUACCAGAAAGUUUCUUUAUGAGCUUGUUGUGGCCCUGCUGAAGAUGGAUUGCCAAGGGAUAGUAGCGCAUAUCAUCCAAGAGGCUGCGCUCCUGACUUCAGCUGUCAAGCUGGGAAAAGGCUGGAGGGAACUAGCUCAAAAGCUAGUACGAUUCACAAAGCAGCAAGUGGAGGCAUAUGAAAUUCCUCACCGAGGAAAAGCUGGAGCUGUUGCUGUGGAGAUGAUGUGGAAACCUGCUUAUGAUUUUCUCUAUACUUGGGGUGCUCACUAUGGAAAUAGCUACAGAGAUGUGUUACAAGACCUGCAAUCUGCUUUGGACAGAAUGAAAAACCCUGUGACCAAACAAUGGCGAGACUUAACUGGAGCUUUACUACUAGUACAUUCUUUAGAGGUUUUGAGAGCAACUGCAUUCUCCACUUCCGAAGAAGUAUAGAAAUGAAGGACUGCCGAAGGGGAUGUGUGAGUUAUCAGAAAUCUGUUGCCUGCAAACAUGGACAGGAGUUUCCACCACCUUCCUCCAGCAUCUUGGGACCAGCUAAUCCUUGACCUUUAUUCAGGAUCCUAAUGUAGAAUAGUUCAUUAAGUCUCAGGGAUUUUUAAUAACAGGGGUUAUUUUUAAAAAUAAAACCUUCCUUUAUCACUGUUGAA